GACCCAGCGAUACCCCUCACUCCACGCCCGUCUCUCGGGGCUGUCAGUAUACCCUCCUCCACUACCUUACUCGACCCCUUCGGUAAGGCUCCGCCCGCCUGCCUCACACUACACCUUCCUCCGCCCUAAGACUAAUGCCAGGAUGAUGAUGGUCAGUGUAUUGACGCCAUUGUUGGGGCUGCUGCUCUCCUUCUCCCCGGCCUCUGCCUCCUUCUCGAUGCCAUCACCAUGGGGCUACCAGUGCGAGUCUGGCAAGUGUCUGAAGCUGGAGAACACCGGGGUGACGAGGCUGGUGACGCUCAACCAGUGCAAGCUGACGUGCGGACCCUUUGGGGCGCUGUGGCCGCAGCCACAGACAGCGAGCAUCGGAACACAAGUGGUUCACUUCCUCCCCAAAAACGUCUUCAUCACCAACAGAGCUUCGGAGCAAAUCUGGCCUCUGCUGAACGAAGCCUUCGACAUCUUCAAAGACAACCUGGAGAAGUAUCACCCGGACUACGAUGGUGGUCCAGCUACCUGGGAAGAGCCCUGGGAGCCGUCGAGCGCAGCACAUACCUUGAGGGUGGUGUUUAAGGUGUCUGGAUUCUUAACUUACCUCAGCCUUGACACGGACGAGUCUUACGAACUCCUGAUGGUGACCGUUGGCUCGACCACAACAGCUACCAUCAAUGCGCAGACCUUCUUCGGCGCCCGCCACGGCCUCGAGACACUCUCGCAGUUGGUGGACUACCACGAAAACCGGAAGACAUUGAUGAUCGUCAGUUCGGCCUCCGUGUACGACGCACCAGCCUUCAAGUACCGCGGCCUGCUGGUCGACACGGCUCGUAACUUCCUUAGCGUGGAGGCCAUCGAGCGCACCUUGGACGCCAUGGCGGCCAACAAGCUUAACACCUUCCACUGGCACAUCACAGACUCCCACUCCUUCCCGCUCUACUUGGAGAGACUCCCCAACAUGGUCUACUACGGCGCCUACAGUUCCCGCGAGGUCUAUCACCCGGAGGAGGUGAAACAUCUGGUGGACUACGGCAGAGUGAGAGGCAUCCGUGUUCUCCCGGAGUUCGAUGCUCCCGCUCAUGUUGGCAACGGGUGGCAGUGGGCUGAGAAGCAGGGACUAGGCAAGCUGGCAGUCUGCGUCAACAGGGAGCCGUGGCAGUCGUACUGCGUGGAGCCUCCCUGCGGCCAGCUCAACCUCGCCAACCCCAACAUGUACCUCGUCCUAGCCCAGAUCUAUGAAGAAAUGGCCAAACUCUUCACUCCUCUCGACCUCUUCCACUAUGGCGGCGACGAGGUGAACCUCAACUGCUGGAACACCACGGAUGAGAUAACAGCGUGGAUGGUCGCCAACGACUUCGGGCUGGACGCCGACGCCUACUACAAGCAGUGGAGCGUUUUUCAGGAGAAGUCUCGUGAGCUCCUGACAACCGCCAACAAUGGCGUCGAGGUGCCCGGCAUCCUGUGGACCUCCCACCUGACGGAGAAAGGCCGCGUCGACCAAUACCUCAAUAAAGACAAGUACAUCAUCCAAAUCUGGACUAACGGCUCAGAUCCUCUCAUCGCCGAGCUGCUCCAGAAGAACUACCGCGUUAUCUUCAGCAACUACGACGCCUGGUACCUAGACUGUGGCGCUGGGGCUUGGGUGGGCGAAGGUUCCAACUGGUGCAGCCCCUACAAGGAGUGGCAGAAAGUCUACGACAACAGCCCUCACGAUAUAGCGCGAGACCUGACGGGUUCCACACACAAGGACCUGGUGUUGGGCGGCGAGGCAGCGCUCUGGACCGAACAGGUCGACGACGCUUCACUCGACACGAAGUUAUGGCCGCGAGGAGCCGCCCUGGCGGAGAGGCUGUGGACCAACCCGCCCACCACCUGGAGACAGGCAGAAGCCCGCUUCAUCCACCACCGUCACCGGCUCCUGCGGCGAGGUGUCCAGCCCGAGCGUAUCCAGCCCAAAUGGUGCCACCAGAACGACGGGUUCUGUUACCUCUAGACCUUCUGCA